AUGGCAGUAAUUAUAGCACAAGUGAGAGAAAGUUCAUCGGAGGAUACGGGUUAUUCGUUCGUGCAUGGGAGGAUUACCGGAACAGCAAAGGAUGUAUUUUUGGGAAGGGCUUGGAAGAGCAGUCCGAGAGUUGUUUAUUCUUAUACUGAAAUGGAUGAAAUUGUCCAUCCUGGUGGAUGGUCUAGUAAUCCCCAACCUGAACGAGCCGACACUGUAUACUAUGGAGAAUACAAAUGCACGGGGAAAGGUGCAACUCCCGCUACACUAGAGAAAUUCCUCAAACAACUAUCCAAUGCGGAAGCUCAACCAUUCUUGGUUCUUGACUAUGUUGAAGGUACCAAAUGGUUGUUUCCUCCUCCAACAGUACCUAAUUAA